AUGGCCAUAGCUAUCAGCCCAAGCAAGCUGCGUUCGAAAUUCGACAUAAGGUCUCUACUUACUAAGAAUGACCGACUGAUAUCGAAGAAGCGAAGGCAUAUUCAGGAAAUCGAGGACAACCCGCCCCCGACCCCUCCGAAGGACCUACCGUUCAAGACCCGUUGCCGACAGAUCGAGAGCUGGCAACAAAUCUACACUGCCUAUCAGUUCUCUCACCUCGCCCGAGAGCCCUCCGAGGAUUCAUCUGUGUCGCAUGAGGAAAGGACCGAACCGCUAAACGCGCUUUUCCUCACGCGACAGCUUCGGCCAUCCCAAUCUAAUCUCGAAAUGAGCGUGCCCGGGACACAGCUGGAUACCGCGUUGCCUCCUACCCCACCCAAGGGUGUGUACCAGCCUUCCACGCACACGCACACCUAUCCUGCACCAUCGCACAUCCCAAUGGCAACCUAUCGAUUGCCAGUGGCUAGAGGUAGAGUGUUGCCUGACCGGCGCGCCGCAUCAUCCCCCGAUGAGAUCGAGAUGAAACGUAGGGAGGCAUUACUGGCUAAAGAGAGGGAGGAACAACAAGCACGCAAGGAAGAGGCCGAGCGCCAAGCUCGCUUGAAGCAGCAGAAGGAAGAGGUAUUGAGGCGAUUCAUGGAAGAAGAGCGUCAGCGUAGGGCAUCACUGGAGGGGGAACUGCGCAAGAUCGCCGAGGAACGGAAGCGGAAGGAGGCAGAGGAGCGAGAAGCGGAGGAGCGCAGGAAGAUGAAUGCAGAAGAGACGAAGAGGAUAGCGAGGGAGAAGCGCAUUCAAGAAACCCGUCGGGCACAAGCAUGGAGGGAAGAGCAGGUGAAACGUGCAAAGGAGGCCUCCAGUAUGAAGGAGAGACAGCGUCGACAGCUCUUGCAAGAGCGACGGGCAAUGGCGGCUCAGCUGAAGGCUAAGGUCAAGAUUGAGGGGAACAGUCGCGUGGUGCUGACAGGAUGGGUUACGAUCCAAGCAGAGCAAUGCGCAGCGUGGAAACGACGAUAUUUCCAGCUCGAUGAACAUAUGCUCAACCUGUUUAAAUCUCCUGAGGAGAUUUCACAGCCUACGGAAACGGUGAACCUCAAGAGCGUACGACACAUCAGGGAGUGGCGGGAAGGUUAUGAAGAACUGGAAGGAAUUCCACACUCCUUUGCCGUCGAAUUCGGAGGUGGACUGGAGCCCUGGUCUAUGUUCGCCGACAGUGCCGAAGACAAGGAACACCUUGUCGCCCUCAUGAGUGAAAGUACGGCUUGA